AUGGAAACCCUGCCAGACAUGCAAGAUGUCUUUGGGCAGCUUCCCCGGAUGAAAGGAUACACCCACCUGGUGCUGUGUUUUGCGCAUCCACCGAGUAUUUCUCGCGAGACUAUAGUUCAAGCGCUGGAAGCAGCCGCUCGUCGAUUGACAGCCACGUUCCCCUGGCUCGCUGGGAAGGUCAUCAACACCGGUGUAGGUCCCGGCUGCACGGGCGCAUUCAUCGUGGAGCCAUGCUAUCAGACUGAGAAUAUCCUCCGUUUUCAAGAUCGAGCCGAUGAUUGUCCGUCUUAUGAGGACAUCGUCCGCAUGAACGGCGCGAGCGAUUUGUUAGAUGGAUCCCUGCUAUCGGCGGAGACCUCUCUCCCCGAUAGCUAUACGGAAACAGACACAAGCCCAGCACCCGCUCUGACAUUGACGGUCAGUUGGAUCAGGAAUGGGCUUUUACUAAACUGUGCCGCUCAACACAACGUCCUGGACAUGGGUGGCAUCGAUCAGAUCUUCGGGUUACUGGCAACGGCACUGCAGGGCCGGGAAUUUGGAAAGACGGCCAUCGAGAUCAACAAUUGUGAUCGCUUGACGGUAUUUCCUCUCCUAGGGCCAGAGGAACCCAAAUGCGACCACGGCCAAAUGCGAAGACCCUCGAGCUUGAAUCCGUCGCUACGGUCCCCUCCUCCACCGGGCCCUCAGCCUGCAUUUCAUCAUUUCCGUUUCAGUGCCGCCCACUUGGCCGAUCUCACGAAUCUCUCUGCAACGCCUUCCACAGACGAUGCCCUGAGUGCGUUUGUCUGGAAGCGGUUGAGUGCAGUUCGUUUCAGUCUAGGCCAGCUCCCCGACGCCGUGGCCGGAUUCUCGCGUGCAGUCGACUGCCGACGCACCCUGGGCGUUCCUGCGGAGUAUAUGGGGGUACUCGUUGUCAAGAUAUUCUCCACUAUGACUUUCAAGGAGCUGGACAACACUCACCUAGCAGCCGUGGCUGCCCACCUGCGCCGGGAUGUCCAAAGAAUUCGAGACCGUUACUUCCUCCGCAGUCUGGCGACGCUCAUCGCCGAAGAGCCGGACAAAAGCACCUUCAAUUUUGUACCAGGGUUCCGACCGGACACAUGGAUCAAUGCCUCCUCAUGGGCAAGCGUAGGCGCGUACGGAUUGGAGUUCGGCGUACUGGGAAAACCGGCAGUAGUACGACGGCCGAGGUCGAAACCUGUCCAGAGCCUGCUGUAUUUCUUACCGCGACUCGAGUGCGGCGAUAUCAAUGUGUUAUUGUGCUUGAAGGAGACCGAGAUACAAGGAUUGAGGUCGGAUGCCGAAUGGGCUCAUUACGCGGAGUAUAUCGGAUGA